AUGGCAUCCAACAAGCAUAACCCGCCCGCGCGGAGGAAGGGUGGCAUCCACUUUGUGAAUGCGAGACCCACCACUGAGUUCGAACGCAUCAAAGUUCAGCGCAUGGUACGCGCGCAUGUCGGCCGUUGGAUCUCCGACCAGACAAAACAACGCUUGAAUACCGCCAUUUCUCCAAUCAACCGAGAAUUGUCCUUCGACAAAAUCAAAUCUGGUCACUCCUUUACCCUCGUGUCGCGUCCAGCCCCAAAUCAACUCCAGCAUCGGAACCCUUCGUUGCCCGGAAAUGAUAUCGUGCCCUUCUCCUUUGCCGAUCCCGUGGAUUCUUCUUUGAAGCGACCCACUUGUUCCCCGCAAGGGAGCGACGAUAGCGAGAGCUGUGAUGAAGUAGCUACCUUACCUACGCAAUCAAGACCACCCACAAUAUUGCCAUGGGGUGAGAUGAUUGCGUUGGAUCGUCAAAUCUCUGGGCCGAUAGAUCCCUUCACAACAUACCCUACUAAUCUGCAAAUGUCACCACAGGCGGUGGAUGUAUGCACAAACUACUGCCUGAAUACCAUGUGGCCAGGAGUUGUCCCCGGACAAGACAGCCCCCUCAAACCGACACCCUCGCUUCCACGACUAUCGUGGUUCUCGCUUGCACGAUCGGACCCCGUUCUCUUCACCGCUUUUAUGUAUGGCUCGCUAUGUCACCAGCGAGUGCUUUGGGCCAAUCGGCGGCUUGCGAGUGACUCAUACGGCCCAAUUCAACACUGCCUUCUGGAGAAAUGUGAGACCGAUUCCAUCAUAUUGAUCAAUCGGGCCGUUCAUGACCCAUCACGUGCCAUCAGUGAUGCGAUCCUGUUAAGUGUUGUAUGCAUGGCGCAUCAUGCGGCCCCGACUGAAAUCAAGAUCCAAAGCACACCCUUUCACCCGCCAUUUCAGCAGUUACAGUGGCUGGAUGUCUACGGAUGUCUUGCUCCGAAUGUAGUUCAUGUCCAGGGGUUAGUCCAGCUGCUCAAGCUACGUGGUGGCAUUAGAAAUGUGCAACUGCCCGGUUUGGCCGCAACACUUUCUUUUUCCGAGGUUUUCGCUGCAGCGGUGUGGUGCACCCAGCCUAUAUUUGAAUUUUGGCCCUUGGACGAAACCCGUCUUGGAAUACCAUUACAGGAAUUGAUUGGCUUCGGCUCAUCCGAUAUCCAGCAUGGAUUCGGUCGACUCCAAGUCAUCGGUUUCACCGCUCAAAUGGCCGAGGCAUUCCAAGCUGCCCGAUCAUAUAUCAACAUCAUCCAGAAGAGUGAGGAAAUUCUGAAACAAUCUAUCGAGAAUCACCUCAAUGAAUCGUUGCUUGCCGACCAACGAAAUUUCACAGAGUAUACACUUCUCGCCCUUCUCCCCUCCGAAGCCAUCACUUCCUAUUUUUCCCAUCCAAAUCAAGGUACAACCUAUGAGGCCUGUCGUCUAGCCGGCCUGAUUUUUGGUAUUGGAGUCAUCUUCCCCAUUCCUGAACAAAAUAGCCCACUCAAAACCCUAGCCAAGAAACUCCGCACCACUCUCUUACAAGAGACUGCAGAAGCCCUAUGGUCAUCUGCAACUACCCGUGUUCCCCUAAUUUGGAUUUUGACUCUUGGUGGAAUCGCAGCCUUUGGAUCACCCGACCGUUUGUUCUUUGUCUCCAGCCUAGCUGACGUAGCGCGUCACAGUAACAUCCGGUCUUGGUCCGGAAUUAAACUUGCCUUAGACGAAAUGCUUUGGCACGAGGGUGCUGGUGAAAACGCUGGUCGGGAUAUCUGGCACGAAGUUGAGAACUAUCUUCAGCAAGAUCUUGCUGAACUCGAGGCAAAGCCUUGUUUCAGUACUAAAUAA